UGUAGAUCAGGAAAAGGGAGGGGAUUAGAUCUUAGCCAGAUUAAUAUCAAAGGAACUUAGUUAAAACUAAGGCAGUCAUAGUAGAAUUCACUGGGACAUCGCCCUCGGAGACUUUCCGGUCACCGUUGGCGGCCUGACCCGAUUCGUGCUGAAAAUUUCAAGGCUUGUUCCUGCCUGACAAAGCGGCGUGCCGAGGAAGGACGCGUCUCUUUGAAUAGACAGGAUGCACGGACCGCCCUCCGGUGACAGCGCAUGCCCAUUGCGCACGAUCAAGAGAGUUCAAUUCGGCAUCAUCAGCCCAGAUGAGCUUAAACGGAUGUCCGUUACAGAAGGGGGGAUCAAGUACCCCGAAACAACAGAAGGAGGACGUCCCAAACUAGGUGGCCUUAUGGACCCGAGACAGGGUGUCAUUGAAAGAACAGGACGGUGUCAGACAUGUGCAGGGAACAUGACGGAGUGUCCCGGUCACUUUGGACACAUAGAACUGGCAAAGCCAGUUUUCCAUGUCGGUUUUGUAACAAAGAUAAUGAAAGUUCUCCGAUGUGUCUGCUUCUUUUGCUCCAAGUUAUUAGUGGAUUCAAACAAUGUUAAAAUCAAAGAUAUUUUGGUAAAAUCUAAAGGGCAACCCCGAAAGCGCUUGACACAUGUCUACGAGCUGUGCAAAGGUAAAAAUAUAUGUGAAGGAGGUGAAGAAAUGGAUAACAAAUUUGGAGUUGAGCAGCAAGAGAAUGAGGAGGACAUCAGCAAAGAGAAGGGUCAUGGUGGCUGUGGACGCUAUCAACCAAGAAUCAGACGCACUGGAUUAGAGCUGUAUGCAGAGUGGAAGCAUGUGAAUGAGGAUUCACAGGAAAAGAAAAUCCUGCUGAGUCCUGAGCGUGUACAUGAAAUCUUCAAGCGCAUCUCUGAUGAGGAGGACAUCAUCUUGGGCAUGGACCCCAAGUUUGCCAGACCCGAAUGGAUGAUAGUUACCGUGCUGCCUGUACCUCCACUGGCUGUGAGGCCUGCUGUAGUGAUGCAGGGAUCUGCUCGCAAUCAGGACGACUUGACCCACAAGCUUGCUGAUAUCGUUAAGAUCAACAACCAACUGAGAAGAAAUGAACAGAGUGGUGCAGCAGCUCAUGUCAUAGCUGAAGAUGUGAAGUUGCUUCAAUUUCACGUGGCCACAAUGGUGGACAAUGAAUUGCCUGGCCUUCCAAGGGCCAUGCAAAAAUCAGGUCGUCCUCUCAAAUCUUUAAAGCAGCGGUUAAAGGGAAAGGAAGGGCGAGUUCGAGGUAACCUCAUGGGCAAACGUGUGGACUUCUCUGCCCGAACUGUCAUCACCCCAGACCCAAAUCUGCAGAUCGAUCAAGUGGGAGUGCCGCGGUCAAUUGCAGCUAAUAUGACUUUCCCAGAAAUUGUCACACCCUUUAACAUUGACAGACUGCAAGAGCUGGUACGGAGAGGCAACAGUCAGUAUCCUGGGGCCAAAUACAUUAUUCGUGACAAUGGAGACAGAAUUGACCUCCGCUUCCAUCCAAAACCAAGUGACCUUCAUUUGCAGAUUGGCUACAAGGUUGAAAGACACAUGUGCGACGGUGACAUUGUCAUCUUCAAUCGGCAGCCUACACUACAUAAAAUGUCUAUGAUGGGACACAGAGUUCGGAUUCUUCCCUGGUCCACAUUUCGACUGAACCUGAGUGUCACUACUCCAUACAAUGCUGACUUUGAUGGAGAUGAGAUGAACCUCCACUUGCCUCAGUCCCUAGAGACCAGGGCAGAAAUUCAGGAGCUGGCCAUGGUGCCCCGUAUGAUUGUUACACCACAGUCCAACAGACCUGUCAUGGGUAUUGUGCAGGACACACUUACAGCUGUGCGCAAGUUCACCAAAAGAGAUGUCUUCUUAGAGAGGGGUGAAGUCAUGAACCUCCUCAUGUUCCUGUCCACCUGGGAUGGGAAAGUGCCUCAGCCGGCCAUCCUUAAACCACGUCCUCUGUGGACGGGCAAGCAGAUCUUCAGUCUUAUCAUUCCUGGACACAUCAACGUUAUCCGAACCCACAGCACCCACCCUGACGAGGAGGACAGCGGUCAAUACAAGCACAUCUCACCAGGGGACACAAAGGUUGUUGUGGAGAACGGUGAAUUGAUCAUGGGAAUCCUGUGCAAGAAGUCUCUUGGAACGUCGGCUGGCUCCCUCGUCCACAUUUCCUACCUAGAGAUGGGUCAUGACAUCACUAGACUCUUCUACUCCAACAUUCAGACUGUAGUCAACAACUGGCUGCUUAUUGAAGGUCAUUCCAUUGGUAUUGGUGACUCAAUUGCUGAUGCCAAAACUUACCUUGACAUUCAGAACACCAUCAAGAAAGCCAAACAGGAUGUGAUAGAAGUCAUUGAGAAAGCCCACAACAACGAGCUGGAGCCGACUCAUGGUAACACACUGAGGCAAACGUUUGAGAACCAAGUGAAUCGUAUCCUCAAUGACGCUCGUGACAAAACGGGUUCCUCUGCCCAAAAGUCUCUGUCCGAGUACAACAACUUCAAGUCCAUGGUGGUGGCUGGUUCAAAAGGUUCAAAGAUUAACAUCUCACAGGUUAUUGCUGUGGUGGGGCAACAGAAUGUUGAAGGUAAAAGAAUUCCCUUUGGCUUCAAACAUCGAACACUGCCUCACUUCAUCAAGGACGACUACGGUCCUGAGAGCAGAGGCUUUGUGGAGAACUCGUACCUGGCUGGACUGACACCCACAGAGUUCUUCUUCCAUGCCAUGGGAGGCAGAGAGGGUCUGAUUGAUACAGCUGUCAAGACUGCUGAGACAGGUUACAUCCAGCGUCGUCUGAUCAAGUCCAUGGAGUCUGUAAUGGUCAAGUACGAUGGCACUGUGCGUAACUCCAUCAACCAGGUGGUGCAACUGCGCUACGGCGAGGACGGCCUGGCCGGAGAGAACGUAGAGUUCCAAAAUCUGGUAACAAUCAAACCAUCUCACAGGGCCUUUGAAAAGAAGUUCAGAUUUGAUUGCACUAAUGACCGCGCAUUGCGACGGGUGCUGCAAGAAGACGUGGUCAAAGAAGUGCAGACAAGCGCCCAUGUGCAGAGUGCCCUGGAGAGGGAAUUUGAGAAGAUGAAGGAGGACAGGGAGAACCUGCGGACCAUUUUCCCCACAGGCGCCAGCAAGGUGGUGCUGCCAUGCAACCUGGCCAGAAUGAUCUGGAAUGCUCAGAAGAUCUUCCGCAUUAAUCCUCGUACCCCAACAGACCUGAAUCCACUAAGAGUUGUCGAGGGUGUCAAGGAUUUGAGUAAGAAGCUGGUGAUUGUAAAUGGUGAUGACCCACUGAGCAGGCAGGCGCAACAGAAUGCCACUCUGCUCUUCAACAUACACCUGCGCUCUACGCUGUGCUCCAAACGCAUGACAGAGGAAUUCCGUCUUUCCACCGAAGCUUUCGACUGGCUCCUUGGAGAGAUAGAGACCAAGUUCAAUCAGUCUAUUGCCCACCCUGGAGAAAUGGUCGGUGCUCUGGCUGCUCAGUCCCUGGGAGAGCCGGCCACUCAGAUGACCCUGAACACUUUCCAUUACGCCGGUGUGUCAGCUAAGAACGUAACCCUUGGGGUACCACGUCUGAAGGAGUUGAUUAACAUCUCCAAGAGGCCCAAAACUCCCUCUCUCACCGUCUUCCUGCUGGGUCAGGCGGCACGUGACGCAGAGAGGGCCAAGGACAUCCUCUGUCGACUGGAGCACACGACACUGCGGAAAUUGACAGCCAACACUGCUAUUUACUACGACCCCAACCCCCAGAACACAGUGGUGACUGAGGACCAGGAGUGGGUGAACGUCUACUAUGAAAUGCCCGACUUUGAUGUAAACCGCAUUUCACCCUGGCUGCUGCGUAUCGAGCUGGACCGCAGGCACAUGACUGACCGCAAGCUGACCAUGGAGCAGAUUGCAGAGAAGAUCAAUGCAGGUUUCGGAGAUGACCUGAACUGCAUCUUCAAUGACGACAAUGCUGAGAAGCUUGUUCUGAGAAUCAGAAUAAUGAACAGCGACGAGAACAAGUUUCAAGAUGAUGAAGAGGUGGUGGACAAAAUGGAUGAUGAUGUUUUCUUGAGAUGCAUUGAGUCCAACAUGCUGACAGACAUGACCCUACAGGGCAUUGAGCAGAUCUGCAAGGUGUACAUGCAUUUGCCUCAGACUGACAAUAAGAAGAAGAUCAUCAUCACAGAAGAAGGAGAGUUCAAGGCCCUGCAAGAGUGGAUCCUUGAGACAGACGGAGUGAGUCUGAUGAGAGUACUAAGUGAGAAGGACGUAGAUCCCGUCAGAACCACCUCCAAUGACAUUGUAGAGAUUUUCACGGUCUUGGGCAUUGAAGCUGUACGAAAGGCUCUGGAGAGGGAGUUGUACCACGUCAUAUCCUUUGACGGUUCCUACGUCAACUACCGUCACUUGGCUUUGCUCUGUGACACAAUGACCUGCCGCGGUCACCUGAUGGCCAUCACGCGUCACGGCAUCAACCGUCAAGACACAGGGCCACUGAUGAAGUGUUCCUUUGAGGAGACGGUGGAUGUACUGAUGGAGGCGUCCUCACAUGGUGAAAGUGACCCCAUGAAGGGUGUGUCUGAGAACAUCAUGCUCGGACAGCUGGCUCCAGCUGGUACCGGCUGUUUUGAUUUGCUCCUGGAUGCUGAGAAGUGUAAAUAUGGAAUGGAGAUUCCCACCAACAUACCUGGCAUCAGCGUGGCUGGACCCACUGGAAUGUUCUUUGGCACCAUGCCAAGCCCCAUGAGUGGCAUGUCACCUGCAAUGACUCCUUGGAACACAGGAGCUACACCUGCCUACGGUGCCUGGUCUCCUAGUGUUGGAAGCGGCAUGACUCCUGGAGCUGCAGGUUUUUCUCCCAGUGCAGCAUCAGAUGCAAGUGGCUUCUCUCCAGGUUACUCCCCUGCUUGGUCUCCCACUCCUGGGUCUCCAGGAUCUCCAGGACCUGCCAGUCCGUACAUCCCCUCUCCAGGUGGAGCAAUGUCACCCAACUACUCCCCCACCUCCCCAGCCUACGAACCUCGCUCCCCAGGAGGCUACACCCCACAGAGCCCGGGCUACUCUCCCACAUCCCCUUCUUACUCCCCAACUUCUCCCUCUUACUCACCAACCAGCCCCAACUACAGUCCAACCUCUCCAUCAUACUCCCCCACCUCACCCAGCUACUCUCCAACUUCUCCUUCUUACUCGCCCACAUCGCCUUCCUAUUCGCCAACGUCUCCAUCCUACUCGCCCACAUCGCCCUCUUACUCCCCCACGUCUCCGUCCUACUCUCCAACAUCACCCAGCUACAGCCCGACGUCACCAAGCUACAGCCCAACAUCACCCAGCUACUCCCCAACCUCGCCUUCCUACUCCCCCACUUCACCGUCAUAUUCUCCCACAUCUCCUUCCUACUCCCCCACGUCGCCCUCAUAUUCUCCCACCUCUCCUUCCUACUCACCCACUAGUCCAAGCUACAGCCCAACGUCACCCAAUUACACGCCCACUUCCCCUAGUUAUUCCCCAACAUCACCCUCCUACUCUCCAACAUCGCCCUCUUACUCCCCUACCUCACCCAACUACACCCCAACCAGCCCCAACUAUUCUCCGACCUCCCCGUCUUACUCCCCAACGUCUCCAUCCUACUCUCCCUCCAGUCCGCGUUAUACACCACAAUCCCCCACCUACACGCCCAGCUCACCCUCUUACAGCCCCAGCUCUCCCUCCUACUCUCCCACCUCACCCAAAUACACACCGACUUCACCCUCAUACAGCCCAAGCUCCCCGGAGUACACACCAACCUCUCCAAAAUACUCCCCAACCUCUCCAAAGUACUCUCCUACAUCACCCAAGUACUCACCCACUUCUCCCACUUAUUCUCCAACUACGCCAAAAUAUAGCCCCACCUCCCCCACAUACUCUCCGACCUCCCCAACCUACACCCCCACCAGCCCCAAAUACUCUCCUACCUCCCCAACGUACUCCCCGACUUCACCCAAGUACUCCCCCACAUCGCCCACAUACUCACCCACUAGUCCCAAAGGCUCAACCUACAGCCCCACCUCCCCUGGAUAUAGCCCCACAUCACCCACAUACAGUCCAGCCAUCAGCCCAGAUGACAGUGAUGAGGAGAACUGAUGAGCAAAAGCGAAGACGGAUGAGGGGCAGCUGAAGAAACUCUGCCGCCUCCCUUUGACCACCUGAAAAACUGCACCUUUGAUGUGCUGGAGGUGAAGCUGUUCUCUGCCACAGAGGUCUAUAAUGUGAUUGUUGUUCUCCCUCUAGGUUUAAAUCCUAACUUUGGGACCUCUGUCUAUGACUUGGGGGAGGGAGCUUACUCCACCUUAGCCACAACCACAAAAAAAUGUUAAAACUCAACAUGAAAAAGAUGAACUGCUUUGCCUGAAGGAUAUAAGUAUAGGCUGCCUUGUGAAAUAGUUUUUUAAGUUUCACCACGGAGGUGUUGAAGUGAUAACACCUAUCCCAAGAGGGGGG